AUGGCAACUGCUCCGGUCGUGGACCACCACUUCAAUGGCGACAGCAGACUAUUAAACGCGACAUUCGAAAGACGAACCGAACUGCGGACGGCCCUCGCCACUCUCCAACAGGAACUGUCGCGGAUCGAGGGCUUCCCGUGUCAAGUCACUGCCGACAUCAGAUUCAACGUCUUUGGCCCACCUGCUAGGGAGCACGUAUAUUCAGUCUCCAUCACCGACAGCGGCUUUGACUCGGUCGUCUUCGCCCGCACCAAACUCCUUGCCGGCCGUGGGUCUCGCGCUGCUUCCGCGAGCUCUCCGGCCUCAGGUCAUGGAGACCGGCGGCCUUCCUCCUCCCGCAGAGGCGCUGAGGAUGACGAUGUCAUGGAGAUUCGGCCCUUGAAGAAGCCCAGGACCGAAGGCGAGGAUGGCUUACCCACUCCGUCUCGUGCGAGCGUGUCAGAGGACCCCAACACUUCGCAGCGCGUCUACGAGGUCCUCAAUUACGUCAAAGACUGGAAGGAUGAGUGGAUGCGACAAGGCGGCUGGCUCUUUGACACCUUGAAUGGGGCUGCCAAAACCACUCAGGAUCAACAUCAGGCUAUGGAGAAGAAGCUGGACUCCGUCCAAGACACUCUGGGCCAGAGUAUCAACGCUGCCAGCGCGACGACAAUGGCAGAGCUGGCCAACAUCACGAAACUGUUACCUUGGCUGGAACACUGCCGAAAGACCAACGCGGACAAAGUGCAAGCUAGAGAGGAGAAAUGGCGAUCAAGUAGUGCCACGUUCCAUGAUCAGAAUCGCCGGGAGAGGGAGGCUGCGGAGAAGCGUCUGGACGAUAAGUUGGAGAUGCAGCGACGGCUACUGAUCAAGGUCGCGGAAGCAAAUGGCGUCGAUGUGGACGACGUGAGUGAUAAGCCGAGUAGAGAAGCGAGUCUUGGCGCGCAACUCACAGCAGAACUGAACAUGGAAGCGUUACGAGCGGAGGGGAACGGAGACUCUCGUCAAUCCUCAAGAAACGAGCCAAUCAACAUUGACGACUGA